AUGGAAAAACUACAACAAUUCAUGUUCAAAGUUUUUCAAAAUACACCUGAAAAUAUCCCAAAUUCAAACGAACAUGAUAUUUGUACAAUAUUUAUGUCAGAAAUUAGUCCAACUCUUCAAAGCCCAAUUAUAGUUUUGACAUGCUACCACUUUUUUUAUGCCAAAUGCAUUAACCUCCGGGCUUCUGAAUCAGAAUAUUUUUGCCCUACCUGUCAAAAUAAAAAUCUAGAAAAGAUUUUAGAACAAAAAGACUUUAUCAAAAAUACCAUUAGUUCUAUUAAACCUACUGCUGUGAAUACACUUAUAGAAUGUACUCCUAUACCGUCUAACUCUGCCGACUCUAACGAUCCAGCUAUGUCCACCGUCACUAACAUCAACUCUUCUAUGAUCGCUAACUCUAGAAAUCCAGCUAUGCCUACCGUCACCAACACCAACUAUUCUAUGAUCGCUGACUCUAGAAAUCCAGCUACGCCUACUGUUACCAACUCUAGUAAACCUACCAAACCAACAGCAUUAUUCAACUCUAGUAGCUCUAGUGGUUCUGAUGAAGCUCUAAAAAAAGAAAGAAUUUUUUUAAAAAUUCUUGCUGAAUUAAUUACUCCUGGUGAAGAAAUGUCUAGAGUUAGUAGUAGCGAAGAAGAAAAAUUUGAAAACCAAUUGAAUAAAGAACUACAAAAUAACAAAAUAGCUGUAAAUAAAGCCAAAUCAAAGGUAUAUAAUAGAAUAAUAGCAUAUAGAUCUGAUAUUACCAGAGAAGCUUUAAAAAAAAGUACACUUAGAGCCUACAAUGUAUACAAUUUGUUCAGGGCAAUUGGUGUAGAUAAAAUCAGUCGAAUUAGAAAUCACAAGUUUGACGCAAUCUCAAAGCUUGCUAAACAACAAAUUGAAACACUUAUCCUAAGAGUACGUUUUAUGGAGCAUUAG